CCUCCAUCUGCAUCUGUGCCAGGCCACGCACCCAGCCGCCGCCAGCGUGCAUCUGCGUCUGCACCUGCACCUGCAUCUGCAUCUGCAUCUGCGCCAGGCCCAGCAUCCAGCCGCCCUGCAACCGCGCCGCCGCCUUCUGCUGUCCCUAACCAGGCUGCUGGGCCGGGUACAGCUCCUGGUAGCCCUGGAUCCGCAGCAGGUCCUGCUCGCAGCCGCCGCGCUUGGAGGCCAGGCUCUGCUUUCAAAUGCAGUGCUUGUGAGCCAGUCUCUUUUGCCCAGGGCCUGGCAUCAGGGCCAGGCCCUGCCCAUAGCACCCACACCAGGCGGCCAGGCCCUGCCCCCCAAAGCCCCUCAUCCAGGCGGAGCCAAGCCCUCAGUGGCCAGGCCCGCCCAAGAAGCAGCAGCACUCCAGGUUUUGUCCCCAGGGGCCGCCCCACCCAGAGAAGAUCAGCCACUACCAGCCGCCGCUCGCUCCCUGGGCCUGCUGGGCAGAGGUCUCCUUCCCCAGGGCUUGCCUUCCAGAGCAGCUCACGCUCUCGGGAUCCUGAGGCCCCGCGCACUCCUUCGCAGCCGCGUUGGCGGGCAAUGCGUAUGCGCGCCUCCUCACCCUCACCUACUCGUAGGCCCUUAACUUGCCAAUGGCUGUUUCCUGAGGAUCCCUCCUACUACCUCCUCUCCCCCAACUGA